AUGACUGAAAUCUACUUCUGGAUUGAUUUUAUGAUAGUAUUAAAUUACAUACUUAAUACGACGUCACGUUUCAAGUAUGUAGCAUCAUCCAUCAAUCCUGCUGAUCUAGCUUCCAGAGGAAUGUGUAAGUAUGACCCUAACCGUAUUAAAGCUUGGCCUUCAGGUCGCGAGUUCCUAACGACUGAGAAAGAUAAGUGGCCUGAGUAUAGACGAGAAGAAAUAUUAAAACUCCCAGUCAAGCUAGAGUUAAAGAACGCCACAACCUUGGACACCAUGACUACAGUUUUUCCCCUUGAUAAAUUUAUAUCCCAUUUUUCGUCAUGGAUUAAACUCAAACAAGGCACAGCUUGGCUCAUCAGAUUCAAAUGUCACCUCUACAAUAAAACGAUCGUAAGGGGACCCUUGACGCCUAACGAAUUGGAUAAUGCCGAAAGAGACUUAUUAAAAUACAUAAAAGCGCAAGACUUUGAAGAAAUUAGACAAUGGAUUAAACGACACAAGCAUUCUGAUAACAUCCUGUCCAAAAUUCAUGUUAUUGAUAAGUUACGUCCAAUCUUGAUUGACAACCUGAUUCGCGUAGGAGGACGUUUGAACUGUAGUGAUCUCCCGUUAGAACAAAAACAUCCGAUUAUUCUACCUAGCAAACACCCUAUAACGGAGCUUAUCAUUCGUCACCACCGUCAAGCUGACGGACACAUGGGGGUGUACUACACACUAGCCUCCUUGCGCAAAGGGUUUUGGAUCUUAAAGGGAACUACUGCAAUUAAGAGGAUCAUACAAAAAUGUAUAGGCUGCUGUAUUAGAUCAGCCAGGCCGAUGUCACAACUGAUGGGAGACUUGCCACCUACGCGGAUAACAACCGACUUCCCGUUCGCAACGACAGGAGUAGACUAUUUAGACUCAAUCAUGAUUAAGGAGGGACGCAAACCUCGAAAGUGUUACGGAUGA